AGUUUGGGGUUGAUGGAAAAUACCGGUCAGCAGGUGAUCCAUACGCGGAUUCAUGCUAUCCCAGCUGAGGUAUGUCGGAAGAUUUGUACGGGUCAGGUUAUUAUCACGUUGGCAGGUGCAUGUAAAGAAUUGAUCGACAAUUCCUUGGACGCUCAAGCCAAGACUAUCGAGAUACGAGUGAAGAAAAUGGGAUUUGAAAGAGUGGAAGUGAUUGAUGAUGGUACCGGAAUUCACUCACUCAAUUUCGAUGCUUUAUGUAAACCACAUUCUACAUCGAAGCUUACUAAUUUCUCAGAUUUUAAUCAGCUAACAACAUUUGGAUUUCGUGGUGAAGCUUUAAGUUCACUGUGCGCCAUAAGUUCACUAUCUAUCACAACCAGACAUGCAGAUGAAGUUAUGGCUACAAAACUACAAUUUGGUCACGACGGAUCGAUAAAAUCACGUGAAAAAUGUGCAAGACCUGUUGGUACCACGAUUUCAAUUAACUGUUUGUUUGAAACAUUACCAGUACGAAGGAAAGAAUUUGAGCGAACUAUCAAAAAGGCUUUCACUAAACUUCUAAAUGUUGUACAGUCAUUUGCUUUAUCCCGGACAAAUGUACGAUUCGUUGUAAAUAGUCUGAUGGAUGGUAAACAACAUCAAGCAUUGGUGACCCCGGGUGGUAAUGCAUCAAUUAAAGAUAUCGUUGUGAAUCUUUUUGGUGCUCGUUUUGAAAAAGGUACAGUCCUGGAUAUUAUUCAACAAGAACCGGAUGAAUCUAUAUGUGCUCUUUAUGGAAUCUCUGACCAUUCGAAAUUCGACGACAUUAAAAUCACUGGUUACAUAAGUUCUUGUGUACAUGGACAGGGAAAAAGUACAGCAGAUCGACAGUUUGUUUAUUUCAACAAGAGACCGGUUGAUUAUGCAAAACUCUGUAGAAUCGCAAAUGAAGUAUACCAACAGUACAACCGUGGGCAAUAUUGUUUGCUUAUCCUCUUUGUUGAUGUCCCUCCUGAAAGUAUUGAUGUAAACGUGUCUCCGGACAAACGUUCGGUAUUCUUCGAACGUGAAAAGGAACUAUUCGCCUUGCUACGUGCUUCACUACUGGCCACUUUUGCUCCACAUCUUGGACAUGUUGACAUUUCAAAUCGAUCCACGACUGCUAAUGAUCUGUCGCAUUUAGAGUCCAUGGAUGAUUCUUUUAUUCAUUUAACACAACUAACUGACAGAAAUGAUUCAUCCGAUAUAUCGACAUCAGAUUUCCAAUCAUCCGAGUCAAAAAACACUAGUCCGCUGGCAACUACCACGUUUGCUAGAGAUAAAUCACGUGGACCGAGUAUAGAUCUCGCAAAUGUAAAAGAAACUAUAGAAAAGACUAGAAAAAGACCUGCUUCAAGGAAUUGUUCUGAAAAAUCGGCUUCUGUCCAAAAACGGCCUGCAGCAAAUAUAUUUGAAAAAUUUGCAUUCAAAGUAAUACCUCAUAAUUCCAAAGAAAUUGUGGCUGAUAGCUGUACAAAUAACGAAGAAGCAUCCCGUGCAUUAGUUGAUCAAAGAGAAAACAUUGAUUUUAGACAAGUUCCCUUACAAACUAUAGUAGCGGGUGCAUCGAAAGAUGAAAAUGUUGAGGUAAUACCUCAGGAGGAUGCUGAUUUUCCAAAUCUCAGCGAUGAUGAUGAUGAUGAUGAUGUGCUAGUUACAGCUGUGAAAGAUGACCAGAAUUGCAAAUCUACCAUGAAUGCAGAGAAUAGUUGUGGAAUUACACGUCGUACACAACAGACAAUAUCAUUCUCAAUGUCUAAUUUUAAGAAGCAUAUGAGCACAUUGCAUCUAAAAACGUCAAAACCUGUGUCGAACAUUUAUGACGAUGAUGAAAGAAUAAUGGAAUCACGUACGGAAUUUCGUGUUGACAAUCCAGAAGUAGCAGAAAGUGAAUUAGCAGCUUAUAUCUCGAAAAAAGAUUUUGAAUCUAUGGAAAUAUUGGGACAAUUCAAUAAAGGCUUCAUUAUCGUGAGGCUAAAUAACGAUCUCUUUAUUGUUGACCAACAUGCCAGCGACGAAAAAUAUAAUUUUGAACGAUUCCAGAAAAAAGCACGCAUACAAACGCAGCACUUAAUUAGUCCACGUGUCUUAGAUCUUGGAGUAGUAAAGGAAGCUAUAUUACGCGACAAUGUUGAUAUAUUUAAUUACAAUGGAUUCGAAUUUCAAUUCGACGAUGAAGAAGUUGUUGGUAAACGUGCAUUAUUGACCGCAAUACCAGUUUUACAAAGUUGGCAGUUCAGUAUAUCAGAUAUCGACGAGAUGCUCUCGGUAUUGUGUGACUUUCCGGGAAUGAUGUAUCGACCGGCAAAAUUGCGGAAACUUUUCGCUUCACGAGCUUGUCGUAAAUCGGUUAUGAUUGGUAGCUCGCUUACAAUGGCACAUAUGGAAAAGAUUGUUCGUCAUCUUGGAACACUUGAUCAUCCAUGGAAUUGUCCCCAUGGGCGACCAACACUUCGGCAUCUUUGUUCGCUUGAAUCCAAAUCAUCUGAUUAAGCUCCCAAUCGGUAUCACCUCAAUGAUAUAAAGUUGAUAUACAAUUUUCAUGCUGAGAAUUUGUUGGAAAUUUUCACUCUUAUUGCUUUAUAAUCUCGUUUUACUUACAAUAUGCAUAUUUCAUUUCAUUUUUCAUCAUCAAGAUUUUUGAUUUGCUCGGGAUUUCUUAUCACAAAAAGGCUAAUUUAUUAAGAAAUUCC